GGUGUCCAUAGACCGUGGGCUCAGAAUUUCAAAAUGGCGGUUAUUUUGACCGCUAAAUUUUAUUGAAACUAAUUUUGUUUGUUUACAACACACUGUCCCACCGCCGAUCUCUUUGAUAUCAGCCGGAAUUGUGCACGAAGGACUCCACUUGACGAUGGCGACUGGAGAUAUUAAUAAUAACCUCAGGAAACUGUUGAAAGAACUAAAGAACGUCCGCUUUCCACGAAUGCACGAUUUGGAUUUGCGAGCACUUAGUCUCGGCAAACCGGACAGUUUUCUACCAAUUCUUCACUACGUAUUCCUGGAUUAUUCGUGUGAGCUAUCAGAAUUUUUCUCCGAGAAGGACUAUGAUCUUUACGGGAAAACAGAUUUACGAUUCGUGGAAACCGUCUACAAGAUUCUUCGCGACGAAUUCCACUAUAAACCACCAUUGACGAGAGAACAGUUUUUAGCUCUUGGAUACGCUGAACGGAAAGUUAUACAACUGCGUGAAAUUGUACAGAAAUGCCGUCUGAAGCAUAAGGAGAUUUCGCCUAAAUUGACUAUAGAGAAGAGUAAAAAAAAUAAAGGGAAAGCAAAGUUAAGUUCUGCGUCGGAGAACAGCAAACCUGACUAUCACCCCCUACCAAAGAACACCGAAAUGAAGUCUUUUAAGGAUAACCGAGAUGCUCUGCGUCAGGGGGGUUUUAGCAUUCCGCUUGUGACUAGAGCAAUGAAUGAGGACAUGCGCACAGUUAUUGAUGAAGAGGACAAGGAGAACUGGAUUAACAAAAAUAAUGGUUUUACAUCUGGGAAGCUGGUAGAGAAAGAAAACACAUUGAUGCCAAGAGUUGAAGCAUGGGAGGCAAUAGAACAAAACCAAUCAGUGAGUAAUGAUAGGUCACUUGGCCACAUCUCAGUGCAAAGCUCACAUCCCUCACAGACAUCCAAGUCAGUUCGAUGGGAAGAUGAAAAUACUACAAGUGGAUGGGUGAACUCACAAGUUGUGACUUCUGCAGGGCUUUACCAACAGCCCAAGAUAUCAAGGGGCUUGUUCACUGCUGCACCUGUUGCCAUGUCAACAAGUAUUCCAGCCCCAGUUGCCAUGAUGACAGCCCCUAAGCCCAGCCCUGAUUUGAUGUUGACACCAAUGGGAAAAGAACGAAAGGGACUUAGUCCCAUUCCUUGCUCUGGUACACAUCUCCAUGGCAGAGGGGUUGGAGGUGAAGUUUCAUUUGUAGAUCUGACAGGCAGUGAAAAUGUCAACCAACCAGAGAUAGUUCGCCAUGAUAUAUCACAACAUAAUAAUCAACUGCACCAGUCUGUACAACACUUGGGCAAGUCUACCACCACUCCUAACUCAGAGCUAACAAGUUUGAAGGCACAAUUUCAUGAAAUAGAAGACAGAUUUAACUCAAUGCUGUCACAGAACAAUGAAAUGUCUGCAAGAAUUAUACUUUUGGAGAGCCGUGUUAAAAUGCUUGAAGAAAAAUGUGAGCAGCAUUCUCUUAACUGUAGAUGCAAUGCUGGUAAUAGUGAUGGCAACAGCAGUAGGGCCCUACCUCAGUCUGUGGAACAUGCCAUGCCAAUUUCCAAUCAAACUACAAGGUCUCUGUCAUAUCUCAGUGCUGAGGGAAGCUUAAAAGAAACUUCAUAUUCUAGACCGCAGAUUUAUUUGUCAUCAGCCAACCAAAGGCCUGAAACAUGUCCAUCAGACAAUGAACUAGCAAAGAGAUACAAUAGAAAUGCUCUUGAAUAUGAGUCAGAGCUAGAAAGCCAUCAUUAUCCCACCCUACAUAAGGCUGGUGAGGCCUCAGUCGGCUCAGAAAGUAACACAACUUCCCCUGCAUCUUCCACUUCAAGUCCAGUGCAUUCAGGUCCAGUCACUCCAAAAAGAGAAGAGUCAAAUGCAGACUUUAGCAACACACCGGACAUUCACCUUAAAUUUGCUGACCCAUCAACAACUGCAACUGUCAUGAACGUACACCGGAGGUUGAAGGAAACAAGAGAGAUGUUGGCAAGAACAAACUUGAAUUAUGCAUCCAAGUUUGCAUGAGUUGAUGCUUAUUUACUGGGAUCUGUUAACCUCAAAAUAAUUUUUUUCCUUGCACUAGGAUGCUGAUGUCCACUUGACCAUUGACAUGAAAGAUACUGAAAUCACACGGGUUCCUCAGCUUAAGGAAGCAGUACUCACUGCAAGUGUUGAUAUAGCUUAUAGAAAAACAAAUGGUGCAGAGUAUGCUAGUCAGUGGCAGCUCCCAGGUACCAGUCCCUCCCUCAACCCCUUCAAACCAGUCCCUCCCCCCCCCCCCCCCCCCCCACCCACCCACCCGGCAACUUGGACUAAAUUUUUGGAAGCUGUGCUGUUAUACAAUGUACAUAUUUAAGUGUAUAGUUUAUUGUCUUGGUGAGGUUAUUGAUACACUGAACACGUACACAAAAAUAAUUUUUAUUCCUGAAACAUCUAUAUUGCACUGAGCACUAUCUACACUUCAAUCUCAUAUCAGGUUUCCUCAAUAAAUAAAACGUUCGUGUGAAAAA